CACACGCCUUGGUGCUGUUAAAGAUGCCCAGGGAACAUUACUGGCUCCCUGUAGUCGGAUUCGUAAAAGGCUUUAAAACAGCUUCGCGACGGCGGCGUCUAUUUUCAGUAAAGGAACAACAGUGUAAACCAAUAAAUCGUGAGGCUACAACCCAACACCGAUCUCGGUCCAGCUGUUCCCCGGUUCGUUCGGGCGUAGUGGCGUCUGUCACGUCUGCCCCUCAUCCGUCAGCCGUCGCCGGGAACGCGGCGUGUACAUUCUCUGCCACAUCAGCUGCGCUCCGUCGCCGUUGAAGAACCACAAAACGUGUCUCGGCUGCUCGGCAGCCUCACAUCUGCCCCGAAAACGCCAACUUCUUGGGAAGUAACUGUUUACGUCGCCGUCGACUUUUCAUCCCUCGAACCAGUCCGUAUGCUGAGUUUGGCGCGUGGGCUUCGGUUACGCAUGUGCAUUUCUUUUGCAGGAAGCCGCACCGGAGGACGGAGUUUUUUCCCCCAAUCAUGUGUUAAGUUGCCGGAUCUGCAGGCGUCUUUCUCCGGUUAGUCCAAAUCAUUUGUAGCCGGCUUGCCGGGACAGCAGCCGAGUCGUGAAGGCUCUGCAGUCACGUGACCGAGACAGGACUGAAGAGGGUUUUUUUCCCCGGAAUGUGUAUGUGAACGUCUCUCCGUGUGCAGUUACAGGGGUGUCCCUCCUCCGCAUUUUUUUGCUGCUGGCCAUGCUUUAGACGCCGGAGCGCAGGGAGAAAGGCGAGAGCAGACACAGAACCGCUCUCUCACUGGGCUACUUGUCUUUCCAGUCUCACCUCGGGUCCCCGUCGGUUCUUCUUGGUCGUUUUGAGCCCACCUUCCUGCGGUCGACUUGCUUCUGUUGGUUAAAAAAAGAGUAAGAGAGGGAGAGAGGGAGAGGGAGAGAGAACUGUGGUAAUUUCUGUAGGUUUUCAUGCGGGUCUGGUCUGACAGGAGGAGAACCUCGCCGCUGUUUUUGCAGAGUCCAAUCGUCAUCUCCUUAUUUUUUCUUUUUCUUUUUCUUUGGUUGCUCCAUUCGGACAAUACAGGGCAGCAACGCCGAGCUUGGAUGAGCCGCCGCGCAGAAAUCCCGAGAUGGAGUUGCUGUUGAUCUGCCUUUCCCUAUGGAUAUUGCAAUGCAAUUCGGCCAGAGCGGACUCCAUCAUUCAUAUCGGUGCCAUAUUCGAGGAAAACGCUGUGAGAGAUGAUGAGAUUUUUCAACUCGCCAUAUCAGACCUGAGUCUGAAUGACGACAUUCUACAGAGCGAGAAAAUCACCCAUUCUGUGAAACUUAUUGAGCCUAACAACCCCUUCCAGGCUGUGCAAGAAGCCUGCGAGUUGAUGAACCAGGGGAUUCUGGCUCUGGUCACGUCCACGGGCUGCGCCGCCGCCAGCGCCCUGCAGUCCCUGACGGACGCCAUGCACAUCCCCCACCUCUUCAUCCAGAGGAACGGCGACGGCGGCCCGCGCGCCGCCUGCCAGCUCAACCCCAGCCCGGACGGGGAGAGCUACACGCUGGCCGCCCGGCCCCCGGUCCGGAUCAGCGACGUCCUCCUCACCCUCGUCUCCGAGCUGUACUGGCAGAAGUUCAUCAUCUUUUAUGAAAGCGAUUAUGACAUCCGGGGCCUGCAGACCUUCAUGGACCAGGCGUCCCGGCUGGGCCUGGACGUGUCCCUGCAGAGAGUGGACCGCAACGUGAGCCGCGUCUUCACCGACCUGUUCAGCACCAUGCGCACCGAGGAGCUCAACCGCUACCGAGACACCCUGCGGCGGGCCGUGCUGCUCAUGAGCCCGCGGGGGGCGCAGGUCUUCAUCCACCAGGCCGUUGAAACCAACCUGGCAUCCAAGGACAGCCACUGGGUCUACGCCAACGAGGAGGUGAGCGAUGCGGACGUCAUGGAGCUGGUUCACACCUCCCUGGGGCGGAUGACCAUCAUCCGUCAGAGCUUCCCCUUGUGGAGAGACACCAACGUCCGAUGCAUGAGGAACAAUCACCGCAUCUCCUCGCUGCUGUGUGACCCGCAGGAGGGCUACCUGCAGUCCCUGGAGGUGUCCAACCUCUACCUCUAUGACAGCGUGUUGAUGCUGGCCAACGCCUUCUACCGGAAGCUGGAGGACAGGAAGUGGCACAGCAUGGCCAGCCUCAACUGCAUGAGGAAGUCCACCAAGCCGUGGAACGGUGGAUGGUCCAUGCUGGACACCAUCCAGAAGGGCCGGAUCAGCGGACUGACGGGCCUGAUGGACUUCCGUGCCGAAGGCUCCAAUUCCCAUGUGCAGUUUGAGAUCCUCGGAAGCAGCUACAGCGAAACGUUCGGGAAAGAUGUGAAACGCCUGGCGUCCUGGGACUCCACGCGAGGCCUCAACGGCAGCCUCAAGGAGAAUCGCAUCGAGAGCGGCAUGCAGGGAGUGACGCUCAAGAUUGUAACGGUGCUGGAAGAACCUUUCGUGAUGGUGGCGGAAAACAUUCUGGGGCAACCUAAGAGGUACAAGGGGUUCUCCAUCGAUGUCCUCGACGCCCUCGCUAAGAUCCUGGGCUUCAAGUACGACAUCUAUCAGGUCGGAGAUGGGAAGUACGGCUCGGCGCUUCCCAACGGAUCCUGGAACGGCAUGAUUGGAGAACUCAUUGGCAAGCGUGCCGACCUGGCCGUGUCUGCCAUCACCAUCACCCCGGAGCGCGAGAGCGUGGUGGACUUCAGCAAGCGCUACCUGGACUAUUCGGUGGGAAUCCUGAUGCGCAGGCCGGAGGAGAAGAUCAACAUCUUCUCGCUGCUGGCGCCCUUCGACCUGGCGGUGUGGGCGUGCAUCGCCGCCGCCAUCCCCGUGGUGGGCGUCAUGAUCUUCCUGCUCCGGCGCAUCCAGGCCGUGCGUUGCCACGGCGCCGCGGGGGGGCACCCGCCGCCGUCCGUCUCCACGUCGCUCCAGAGCGCCAUCUGGAUCGUCUACGGCGCCUUCGUGCAGCAAGGCAGCGACUCCGUCCUGGGAUCCAUGGCCCUGAGGAUCGUGAUGGGCAGCUGGUGGCUCUUCACCCUCAUCGUGUGCUCGUCCUACACGGCCAACCUGGCGGCGUACCUCACCGUGUCACGCAUGGACAACGCUGUCCGGUCGUUCCAGGAUCUGUCCAAGCAGGUGGACGUGGCCUACGGGACCGUCAGGGACUCCGCCGUCUACGAGUACUUCCGGGCCAAAGGCACCAACCCCCUGGAGCAGGACAACACGUUCGCCGAGCUCUGGAAGAUCGUCAACAAGAACAACGGCUUCGACAACUCGGUCUCCAGCCCCUCAGAGGGAAUCAAGAAGGCCAAGCGGGAGCCCUACGCCUUCCUGUGGGACAUGGCGGUGGUGGAGUACGCGGCCCUGACGGACGACGACUGCACGCUGACGGUGGCGGGGAACAGCCUGAGCACCAGGGGCUACGGCGUGGCCCUGCAGCACGGCAGCCCCUACCGGGACCUCUUCUCCCAGAAGAUUUUGGAGCUCCAAGAAAAGGGCGACCUGGACAUCCUGAAGCAGAAGUGGUGGCCAAAGAAAGGCCGCUGCGACCUGCAGAGCCACGCGGACGCGCAGCCCGAGGGCCGGGCCCUGCGCCUGCACAGCUUUGCCGGCGUGUUUUGCAUCCUGGCCGCCGGGCUGCUGCUGGCGCUGCUGGUGGCGGCGCUGGAGACUUGGUGGAACAGCAACCACUGCAGGAGAGAGCAGCCCAAAGAGGUGGACUGCAGUCUGGAAAGGGUUUCUGGCCCAUUGACAUAUAAUGACAUAGGCACUACACCAGAGGGGAGACAGGACAGAGACAGAGACUGGGAGGAGACCAGGGCUCUUGACACAGGACAAAGAGGUGAACCUGGAACAGGUCCACCAGCGUUUAAACAGCCUCCUGGACGAGGACUUGGCUCACAAACAGCUCCCAGGCCAGUCUAUCGAGAUCUCUGCCUUGGACAUUGGCAGCAUGCAGCCCAGUCAGUCCCUGGAGGCCUUGUCUGUUCGGGACUACCCGAGCCACCGGGGCCCGCCGCCUCUCUCUGUGACCUCCUUCCUCCAGGAGGCUCAUGGGGCCGGAAGGACACUGGGCCCGGCCUCUGGCAGGACCUUGCCCCUGCCCCUCAGCAGUGCCACCAUGCCCUCUAUCCGCUGCAAACACAGGGCGCCCAACGGGGGGCUCUUCCGGCAGAGUCCAGUCAAGACACCCAUGCCAAUGUCCUACCAACCAGUGCCAGGAGGAGCCAUCCCAGAAAUCAGCGAGCCCAGCCACGGGACGUCCAUCUGAGCGCUGACAGACACUCCGGCUCGCUCACCAGGUCCAAGAGCUGAGCUGAGCUGAGCUGCGUGAGUGAAGACGUAUAAAUAGAACGCGAGCGGCGGAUUUUUCUUACCGGCAACGACGAGUCAGCGGGACGACGCGGCGCGACACAGACUAAUGUACAUAUUUGUGAGUACAAAGAGAGAGAAGCAACAUUAAAAGUGUAUUUUGAAUAUUCUCAGUUGAGUUUAAAAAAAAAGUAACGUUUUUAAAAAAAAAUGACUGAAUGGCUUUGUAAAUUUUGUUCUAAAUGAAUAAAGGUGACAAUUCCUCGUGGUUGUUUUCUAAGUGCCAAGUUCAAAGAUGUUUUCUUUCAGAUCAACAUUAACUGAAUGUACUGUGAGAAUUCAUGAUAAAGUUACAUUUCACACUUCGACAUUGGAAGAAUUGAUUUGUUUCAUAUAAAAAAAUAAAAACUGUUAUACAAAAA